AUGAAGGUAACUGGGGUUCCCCAUAUUUCCAAGCUCGGACACAGUGCAUUCGUAUCACUAUCCAUCUCACCAGUGAGCGAAGCCCGUGCCACUCCAUCUUACAUCACCAGCCUCAUCAGCCUCGCGGACGUCGCGCGUCAACCAGAUCUCCAAGUCUCAUCUAGAACCUCAUCGUCGCAGAUCGCAACAAUGUCCACCAACGCCCCUGAAGCAAACGCAGAGCAGGCGCCGACCGCGCCCAACUCGCAAGAGGCUCCUGCCCCCGGCGCCGCUGCGGCUGGCAGUGCCCCGGCGGCAGCCCCUGCUGCUGCUGUUCCGGAGGCAGUCGCGCCUGGUCCCGAACCAAAGGCGAUCACUCGUAAGGACAUGUCUCUGCGCGAGUUCCUGACCAAGAUGGACGACUACGCACCCAUUAUUCCUGAUGCGGUUACAAACUACUACAUGACCAAGGCCGGCCUCCCUCCCCCACCGCAGACCGAUCCCCGCCUCGCGCGCCUGCUCGCUCUGGCGACGCAAAAGUUCAUCGCGGACAUUGCCGCCGACGCGUAUCAAUACAGCCGCAUCCGCGCGUCCAACUCCAACGCCAAUAACCCCAUGGGCAACCUCGGCGCCGCCGCCGGCUUCCCCAUCCCCGGCCAGCCGACAGGCCCCGCUGGCGCAAAAGACCAGGGCCGCGGUGGCCCGUUGGGUAUUCAGCGUCCCGGCUACGGUGGCGGCGGCCAAGGAGGUAGCCAGAACCGCACGGUACUGACGAUGGAGGACCUCGGUAUGGCCGUGGGCGAGUACGGGGUCAACGUCAAGAGGAGCGAGUUCUACCGGUAG